GCAUCCCCGGUCUUACGCUGAAAGGCUGAACAGGAAGUCCUUUUCGUCGUUUAGAACUGUCAGUGUAACAACAGCGCUCUGUCACCGCUAAACCCGGACUCUCCAGUCCCCUUGGUUACGGUUUGUACUUCACAGUGAAGGCUGGGUGUUGAAGGAUGCUUCGUUAAUCUGCCUGCCCCACGAGUCCCGUCGGUAGAACAGGGGGAGAAUGAGACCGCCAGCACCGCAGUAAUGAUGCGUUUUAUCCUGGACUGCCUGAGGACACCGAGAGCGGCAAACCCGAAGGAUGAAGGGGACACUGACGUCGUGGAAACAGACGAGAGAGUCCUCACCAAGGCAGCUGAAAUCAGAGUAAGAAGACCGCAGCAUCUAGCGCUGGAGCUGGAAAAUGCAGUGGCAGUGGAGAACGUUGAGCUUCAGGAGCAGCAGUCGGACCGCAAGGAGCUUGAGGAGACUCUGGUUAAAUUAGAGAAACACAAGGAGAAGCUUGUACAGCAAAUAAAAGCAAUUAGACAGCUCUGCUAUGAAGAGAGUCAACAGAUCCUGUCCCUGCAGGCGGAUGAGAUGCAGAAGGAGAUCCAGGUGGAGGAGUACGAGAGAGAACUUGCGAGAGCUAGAUGGAGACUGAGGAAGCUCAGAGAGGAGGUGAAGCAGGCCAAGAAGAAGGUGCAGGAGGCUGGCGAGAGGAACACGCCUUUGCAAGACUCCAUCAGACAGUCCUAUGAAGAGAUCCUGCAGGAGGAGCAUACUCUGUGCUCCCUGUCAGGAGGUGCAGUCACUCCAGCAGAAAGUCAGCUAGAGGAGUCAACAUCUCCUGCAGACACCACUGAAGAUGAUCCACUUCCAAUGAAGCCAUGGGGAAGGAGCCAAUCACUGCCGGCCUAUGCUGACCUGAUAAUGAGGGCCAGUGGCUCAUCUUUCUGCAACAAUUUAGCAGAUACCAGAGAAGAAUUAAACAACAGUGAAACCAGCUCACCAAAGAUGGACAGAUCUGACAUAGAGGAUGACCCAGAGGAGGGGGAGAUCAACAAAGACGAGGACGGAGCGACAGAGAAGGAAGACUCCUUCACCAACACAAACCCUCUCAGCCAAUUGGACUUCUUCCAAGCCGACCCCUUCGCCCACUGUCAGAGUGUCCAUGACCUCUUCAAUGAAGAUAUGUUCCCUAAAACUGACUCAUCCGAUGGAUUUGCUUCAGACCCAUUCAAAGGCAGCAACCCAUUUGCAGCAGAUAUUUUGUUCCCCGAGGUGAACGUUGGCACUGAUGAAGGGGCAGGAAAUGUUGGUGAUGAGGCAGAUACCAGUCUGUCCUGUGCUGAAAAUAAAGCCUCGACGGGAACUCAGUGCUUUGAGUCUGAAUUCCCAGACGAAGACAGUGACAUAGAGAUCAGCUAUAUCCAAGAAGACCUGGACGCCAUUGCUGUGACUGAUGAUUCUUGUGGAUUUAAACCUAUUCAGAGCUCAUCAGAGGAGCUGGGGGAACAGCCAUUUCAGGGCUGGAGGUCCCAGGGUCAGUAUUCUGUAGAAUCAGACCCCAAUGGGUAUGAGCUGGACCUUGGUACUGUCUCCCUUUCCUCUAAUGUAGAAGAACACAGACUGGGAUCCCUAGUAGGACAGGCUAAUGUAGAGGCAAUGGAAGGACUGGAACAAGGUCCGAGUUCUGGUUUAGCUCAGCCUGUUCCUGUUCUCUGUGAAAAAGUUCUGGAAUCAGACUGGACCAGAGACAUACAGCAAACUCUGUCACAUGAUGGUACUUCCAAUCAGGCGACAGAAUUGGUUAGAAACACUGAAGAGGAACCUGGAAACUCUUCAGCUCUGCAAAACUCGCCACACUCUCAAAACCUCUUAAUCCAGUGUGAUUCAGAUGAGAACAGAGAGCUGAGUUUUGAACUGAGUUAUGAACCAACCAGUCAGUCUUCCUUUGACCCAUAUGGGUUUAAACUCAGUCCAGAACAUUCUAGUCACACCCUCUUAGACCCUGAUGAAGUUGAACUGAGCCCAGAACCUGCUGAGAACGAUCUGGCCUUUGACCCUGAACACUCCUCUUCCCAACCAGACCAGCUGAACUUUGAUUCCUAUGGAUUUGACAUCACUUCCUCACAGAUGGCAAGAGACUCUGACCCAUAUGGCUUUAAGCUCAGCCCUGAGGAAGAAAACCAGGAGGUACUAGACCUCUGUGUCCAUGAUAACCCGGAAGUUAUGGACCUUUGCACCUAUGAAAACAACGAGCAAGUAGAACCCUCUGACUAUAGAAACCAGGAGGAUCCGGAACCUCAUCCCCAAGAAAACCAAGAAGUGCUGGAACUUUGUAGCUAUAGUAACGAGGAUCUGCUAGAUUUGUGUAAAAACGGAAGCCAAGAAGUUCUGGAACCUUCUAACCUUGACAAAAUAGAAUUACUUAGCAAUGAAAACCAAGAACUCCUUGAUCCCUGCACUCAUGAAAACCAGGAGGUGGUGGAACCCUAUCACAAUAACACUAUACAGAAACUUCUUGGACAUGGUAUCUAUGAUAACCAAGAAGUGCUGGAACCUUGUAGCCAUGGCAGUCGGGAACUGCUGGAUUUCUCCCGUCCUGAAAAUCAGGAAGUGCUGGAUUUAGAUAACCAUGGCAACCAAGAACUACUGGGAUUUGUGAUCAAUGAAAAUCAGGAAGUGCUUGUUUCAGGAAACCAUGAAAAUCAGGAACUCCUAGAUCUCUGUAGCAAUGCAGAUCACCAGUUACCAGAGUUAGGGAGCCAUGACAACCAGAUGGUGCUAGACUUGUUUGGUAAGGAAGUUUUUCCUGAAGCAAAUAAUAACCAAUGCAUUGUUGAACCAGGGCUCAAUGUCAGUCCCACCAGUAACAGCUCAGACAGUGAUGUGACAUCAGAAGACUUGCUGGGACUCAAACUCGACACCAGUAUCUGCACUAGCAACAAAACAAACACCAAUACUGCUGACACCCUCAGCAUGAAUGUCAGUAACAUGUCUGCUAACCAGGACCUUGCUACAUCCAAUUCUUCCACCACUCGCAGCUUGUUAGAAGGUGAUCUGGGCUCAGUGUUUGGAGCUGGAGGAUACAUCAGUUGUCCUGAUGUAGCUGACGACCUCGAGCCUCUGGACAGAACUCAGGCAAACCCAGUAGCUGAGCCAGUACGACCAGUCAGGCCAGUUAGGCCUCCUCGUCCCUCACUCCGGGCAAAGGAGAAGGCUCAGACCCAGACUCAGGGCAUUGACCUGAAGUGAUCUCUUACCAACCAAUGCUCAGCUGGGGGUUACCAUGUCAGCAGGGUUCCCAUGACAGCAAUGUCAACUCAAGAGAUGAAGAGGAUGAGAAGAGAAAUUUGGGUAGUGGGUGUGUAGCCCCCAGCCAAUAACAGUACACAGGAUGUGAGGUCAUUGGAUGGUUAAGGAAGCUGCAGGUCUGUGUGUCUUUUGGACUGAGGAUGAAGUAGAGCCACACACACACACACACACACACAGGCAGAGUGACAAAGUGAAGCGAGCACUUUGGCAGCCAGGGAGGAGGAGUCAACUAUGAAUCGUAUGUUUACAAACAGCAACCAACAGAUCCUGCGUAGUAUACCUUUAAAUUUAUGGAUGUAUUUGUUUUUUUGCUGACAUAUUUAUGUAUUGAUUUAUUUUGCAAUAAUUUAAGUAGAGGGUGUUUAUAAUAACUGUUGUUCUGUGACCAAGACAUGGACGUGAUAUUAAAAGCAGUUGUCGCAGCAGUAAUAAAAAGAAAGCCCAGAGAGACAGAGAGGGUAAACUUGCUUCUAGAGCUUUUCAUUUUUGGCAGUGUGUCUGUUUUCUAAGAUGCAAAUGUAUGCACUUUAAAAGCCAUGGUUGAGUGAAAUGAUAUUCAGAACAACUUCUGUGUUUUCCCAUGGUGAGGCCAUAGUUUUCUUGUGAUGAUACGUUUAUGUGUGAUGUUGUAUCCGUCUAAAUGUGAAGUUCUGUGUUGGAAAAAUGAAGAAAUAAAAGUCAUAUAUAUUCAAGCAUGUGGCCCGCUCGGCCUGUAAGAGACCCCUGUCAGAAUACAACAGUGCCUUUCGCUUUUCCAUUCUUUUCAGAUGAACAAGCAAUAAGGUCUGCAGAACAGAGUUUCCAUUAUUUUUAUGGAUCCAGCACAUUCAAAUUCAUCCUCUCGUGAAAAUAUCUCUGUGUUCACACCAGGGAAUUAUAUGUAAUGGAUAAUGCCCACCAUAAAAAAGAGAUUUCAUUUAGAAGCCUACUUACCCAUGGAAGAAGGACAAAAAUCAAGAAAAGACCAAAUCAACCAAAUCUGUUGAAGGUAAUAAAACUGGGUGGGCGAAACACACCACUUCUACAAUACACUCGCUGGGAUAUGAAACCAUGUGCAGGACUGAACAAAACCACUCUGCAGCCUGAAUGUGAUGCA